CACACACUCGUCGCAUUCCAGCACAGCUGAAGAGGAAGAUGGAGGUCACCACUCGAAGGGCUGCUGUGUUGUUCCUCCUGCUUCUAUCUCAGGCCCUGAUCGCUGUUCACUCACAGGAGGAGGAGGAGGCCGUCCAGGAGGAGGAGCUGCAGGAGGAGGACCAGCAGGUGAUCGAGACAUUGACAUCAAACGUCAAAGCCUGCACCUGCGACUGCGAGUCUGCUGAUUCACCCACACGUUUCCCCACUGUCAUCCCACCUGUCCUGGCGACCUCACCCCUGCCCCCGCCACCUAAGGGUCACCCAAUGACCUGCAUGCCAGAAUGUCCUUACCACAGAGCUCUGGGCUUUGAAUCUGGAUCUGUGUCCUCAGACCAGAUCAGCUGCUCCAAUCAGGACCAGUACGCCGGCUGGUACUCCUCCUGGCUCCCCAACAAGGCUCGCCUUAACAACCAAGGCUUUGGGUGUGCAUGGCUCUCCAAGUUUAACGACCAGCAUCAGUGGAUCCAGAUCGACCUGAAAGAGGUCAGUGUGGUGUCUGGUAUCCUCACCCAGGGCCGCUGUGAUGCCGACGAGUGGAUCACUAAAUACAGCAUCCAGUAUCGCAGUGUGGAGACACUCAACUGGAUCUAUUACAAAGACCAGACAGGAAACAACAGGGUCUUCUACGGGAACUCUGACCGCUCCUCCACCGUACAGAACCUGCUGCGCCCACCCAUCGUAGCUCGGUACAUCCGCUUGCUGCCGCUGGGCUGGCACACCCGCAUCGCCGUGAGGAUGGAGCUGCUGAUGUGCAUGAACAAGUGCUCCUGAAGUGCACACAGCCUGCUUUGUCCUCACUGUCCAUCCUUCCCCUGCCAACCUGCAGCUUGCCAAAAGGGGACAUCGGUCCAGCGACAAAAGAUCCAUCAUGUUACUUUGUUAUGACCUUCAUCUCUAUGAUGAGGCUCACAGCAAACUAAGUCUG